AUGCCGAACAGCGCCGCUACCGCAACCUCCGCGGAGGAGUACCUGUCCUGCUGGCGCAGAACGCUCGAGCAACGCCUUCGCACGGCGGUCGGCAAGGCGCUGGCCGAGCAGCCAAAGGACCCGUGCGCUGCCGUCGCGCUCGAAUUGUUGCGUGGGACCAGCCUCGAGGAGAGAGCGGCCGCUCUCUCCGCCGCGCAAGCAGAGCAGGAGGACGGUCCUCAGGACGACUUUGCAGGAGAUGCUCAAGUGGGCUGCACCGCCUCCAAGAACAACGAGACGGAGCUGCGCAAGCUCAGGGACGAGAACAAGCUGCUCAAGGAGGAGAUCCAGUCGCUCAAUAACCAGUCGCUCAAGGAGAAAAACCAGUCGCUUAAGCAGGACGAGAAGCCGUCGCUCAAGGACCAGCUCAGCAACGAGUGGGGCGUCGCCGGCUGGGUGGACUCCCUCGCCCUCGCCAAGGUGGUGGCCGAGGCGCUAAAAGAGCCGCCCGGAACCACAGACCCGUUCAAGUACGUGCUCAGCCUCUCGCUCGCCGACCUCCAGGAGAAGCUCGAGGCGGUGAAGCUGAGUGAGGCGAUCGCCGAGACCCUCUGGUCCGCCAUUGAGAAGCUGCGCGACCAACGCGCAGCGACUGGGGCGGCGCUGAACGCCAAGUUCGCCGCGGAGGGCGACACGUUCGAGAUGGGCUUCGGCGGCGUCGAGCAGUUCUACGGAGGCGUGCUGCACGCCAGCCUCGAGAAGAUCAUCGGGCCGCCGCUUAUGGUGGAGGGCUCGCUCCUCAAGGCCAUGGAGACGGAGCACUGCACACUGAAGGAUGCGGACGAGCCGUUCGACACCUCAAACGGCAUCGAGGGCGCGACCUCCAAGCUCGAGUGGGAGUUCGUCGUCGCGCCCGUGAUCGAGGACCAGGACAGCCCCUACGCAGAGCGCGGCGGCGACUUCCGCACGGCUCACCGCGAGUGGUGCCGCAAGCCGGAGCCGCUCUUGGUCUACGAGAAGAAGAUGGCGGACGAGAUGAACCCGAGGCUCGUUGAGGCGGGGCAGGCGCCGCUCAUCAAGGAGGAGCUCGUCGCCGGCCGGCUUUACACGGGGCCGAUGUACGAGAAGUACAACGCCGUCCUUCGCUUCAACUCAGCGCGCGAUCGCGACGGCGCUGUGCUGCUGGAGUACGCCUCGAUGGAGGAGGUGCCCUUUCUGCAGAAGAAGUGCGGCUGGCUUCACCUCGGCGAGUGGGCUGCGACGGCGGCGGGCAAAGGCGAGCCGGCCGCGGUGCGCUGGACGUGGCACAACCAGUACUCGACCACCAUCCACGCGAUCAACUCAAUCAUCGUCAAGCUGUCGCCGCUGACCAGGAUCACGCCGCUCUACCGCGGCUGGGCGGGCGCCACGCUCCCGGAAGCCUUCUUCAAGCCGGACGCGUUCGGCUUCCGCGGCGGCGUCGAGUACGGCUUCUCGUCGACCACCACCGACCGCGCGCAGGCGGUGCACUACGCGGAGGGCAAGGCGUCGACGGUGCUCGAGCUCGUGAUGGGCAUGAUCGACCGCGGCGCCGACGUCUCGUGGCUCUCGCAGUACCCGCACGAGAAGGAGACGCUGCUGCCGCCGCUCAUGGGCCUGCAGGGCAGCACGCUCGUCGUCCAGUGCAGCUUCUCCAUCAACAUGGCCUCGCUCACGCUCGAGCAGGUGGCGGGCAAGCGUAAGAAGCUGCUCACCGACAUGGGCGCGCAGAUGGCGGCCGAGGUGCGCCGCGGGGUGGCGGGGGGGGCAGCAGAGGAGGCGGCGCAACUAGUGCGCGCCCACCUCGGCCUCGAGCGAUGCGCGGACGCCGGAGGCGCGGCGGACAAGCGGCUCGAGGCGCCGCUCGGUGACGAGGCUGAGGCGUACAACUCUGACCCGCGCUUCCAAGCGGCGGUGGGCGACGCGCUCAAGGUGAAGCGCGCGGCGGUGCUCGCGGCGACGAUGCAGCACGGCGGCGGCGGCGGGCUUGCCGCGGCGAUGGAUACGGUAUUGCCGCUGCAGGCCAGCAGCGUCGAUUUGACGGGGUUCCCCCUUGGAACCACCGGCUGGAUCACGGCGAGCGAGGUUGAGGGCGAGUCCAAGGAGGUCGGGGCUAAGGUGGUCUACCAGGGGCGCGAGAUGGUCGUGGGCGUGACCCGCGACUCCGAGGACGGGUGGGAUUCCGAGGACGAGGAGGACGACGGCAACCUGAAGCUGGUCGAUGACGAGAUGGUGGGCACGGUGGUCGCGUGGAUGAAGUCGGAGCCGUCGGCGCUGACGUCGCUGAAGCUUGACUGGGGCAAGGCGUGCGGCCGCGUGCGGGAGGCGGUGCUAGGCGUGGUGCGGACGACGCGCUCGCUCGUUGCGCUGAGCGUGGGCGAGGAUGGGGCGAUGCCGCUCAACCCGCUGCAGCUCAACGGGCGCGAGGCAGUGACGUCGCUCGACUUGUCGAGCAAGAAACUCGGACCCGGUUCGGCUGCCGUCGUUGCGGCGGGUCUCUCGGUCAAUGGGGUUCUGACCAAUUUGAACCUCUACGGGAACGAGAUUGGCGACGAGGGCGCCACUGCGAUCGCCGAGGCGCUGCGCGGCAAUGAGGUGCUGACCACCCUUGUGCUAUGCUAUAACGACAUCGGCCCCACCGGCGCCACCGCGAUCGCCGAGGCUCUGCAGGGCAACGCGGUGAUGACCAACCUUGUACUCAUGGGCAACCACAUCGGCGACGAGGGCGCCGCUGCGCUGGCCUCCGCUCUUCGUGUCAACGGGGUAUUGACCUCCUUGGACGUGAGCUACAACUUCUUGACCCAGGAGGCGGCCCUCGGCAUCGUGCGCGUCGAGCGGCAGCGCAACAAACUCACCUCGCUGGGCUUGAGUCGCUGCAGCAUCGGCCUAACUGGCGCCGCAGAGAUCGCCGAGUACGUGUCGGGCAGCGGGGUGCUGAAAAACAUCGACCUCCGCUUAAACAGUUUGGGCGCCGAGGGGAAGGGAGUGAUUCGAGAUGCGGUGAGCGGGCGGGAAGGGUUCAGGCUCAAGAUGGAUUAG